AGAAGGAAUCUGGCAAGGAUGGAGGUGCUUUCUCACCCUCGAAGUCCCCCAGCCCUCUCCUGGUGAACACUGGUAAACUUGUUGAAUCUCCUUAGGAAGGUCCACCAUGAGUGAAAACUGGGACUCAAACUCUUCAGAAAGCUGGAAUCGCAUCUGGGGUGGCAAUGACACACAGCAUCACUGGUACUCAGACAUCAACGUCACAUAUGUGAACUACUAUCUCCACCAGCCCCAAGUGGCAGCUGUCUUCAUUAGCUCCUACUUCCUCAUCUUUUUCCUGUGCAUGGUGGGAAAUACUGUCGUUUGCUUCAUUGUCAUAAGGAAUAGACACAUGCACACAGUCACAAAUUUCUUCAUCUUAAAUCUUGCAAUAAGUGAUUUACUGGUUGGAAUAUUCUGUAUGCCUAUCACAUUGCUGGACAACAUCAUAGCAGGAUGGCCGUUCGGAAGCAGCAUGUGUAAGAUCAGUGGCCUGGUGCAAGGGAUAUCAGUUGCGGCUUCCGUCUUCACCUUGGUUGCAAUCGCCGUGGACAGAUUCCGGUGUGUAGUCUACCCCUUUAAGCCAAAGCUCACUGUCAAGACAGCUUUUGUCACGAUUGUGAUCAUCUGGGGCCUGGCCAUCACGAUUAUAACUCCAUCUGCAAUAAUGUUACAUGUGCAAGAAGAAAAAUACUACCGUGUGAGACUCAGCUCUCACAAUAAAACCAGCACGGUCUACUGGUGUCGGGAGGACUGGCCAAGACAGGAAAUGAGGAGGAUCUACACCACAGUGCUAUUUGCCACCAUCUAUCUGGCUCCACUCUUCCUCAUUGUUAUCAUGUAUGCAAGGAUUGGGGCUUCCCUCUUCAAGACUUCAGCACACUGUACAGGCAAGCAGCGCCCGGAGCAGUGGCAUGUAUCCAAGAAGAAACAGAAGGUCAUUAAGAUGCUGCUGACCGUGGCCCUCCUUUUCAUCCUUUCCUGGCUUCCCCUGUGGACUCUGAUGAUGCUCUCAGACUACGCGGACCUGUCUCCUAACAAGCUGCGUAUCAUCAACAUCUAUGUCUAUCCUUUCGCCCACUGGCUCGCCUUCUGCAACAGCAGUGUCAACCCCAUCAUUUAUGGUUUCUUUAACGAAAAUUUUCGCAAUGGUUUCCAAGAUGCUUUCCAGAUCUGCCAAAAGAAAGCCAAACCCCAGGAAGCCUGUGCCCUGAGAGCUAAACACAACAUGGUCAUAAACACCUCUGGCCUGUUGGUCCAGGAACCUGCAUCUCAGAACCCACGUAGGGAAAAUUUGGGAUGUGGAAAAAGUGAAGACAAUCCCACACAGGAAACCUUUAUGGAGGAAAUGGGGGAAGCUACUAACACUACUGAGGCUUAAAAAGAUAGUGUGGACCCCAGUGCUAUCCGAUGUUAUAUGGUAUAUGAGUGUGGAUAUGUCUUUAAAUAUUGUUGCUUGUUGUGGCUUUGCAUUUCUCAUAUUAUGAUGGAAAUAUUUACUGAGAGCCCUCUUUGUCAAAAAUGAAAGUAUGAAAGUGAUCAUUCUAACCAGCCUCAUGGUACAUGAAAUACUCAGUGACUUUCAUGUUUGCCUGAAAUGUUUCAAAUGUCUGACCAUUCCCAUUUUAACAAUUUAUUUUAUAUGAGUCAAGUAAAUCAAGCAUGUGUGU